UUGAUAUUGUGAUUAAUAACAACAUUGGGAAGGGGUUUCCGUACAUUAUGUGUGCUUAUGUUUAUUUAUUUGAUAACGAGUGAAUGUUGUUAAGUGAACGCUGGGCAAACCUUGAACAUGAGUGAGUGUGUACAAUGGAGUGUUGGGUUGACUGACAAAAUUGGGGAAUCUAGGCCAUCACAUGGAAAAAUAUCUAGUGAGAAAUUUACCCUGUGAUAGCACCAUGUUCAUCUAGUAUGAAACUUUUUUUGAAACAAACUCUAUUGAUUAGCCAAACGAAAACAACUAGUCUCAAAACAUAUCAAAUAUAAAUGAGAUGGUAUUCUCAAAAUUAAAGUGCACGAAAUGAUAUUUUAGCCAGCUCCUGCUGUGACUGAUGGCGCCAAAUUCGUUUAAGCAACCGGCUGCACUUUUAUUGUGGGAGGCCGUAAUGUAGAUAGUGUUUUCAAAGUACUUUUUUUUUGGUUGUGGCAUGCAUAUAAGAAGCUUUGAAAAUAACUAAUUUGUGGGAAAUUCCAAUGCUUAUUCUAAAAUUCUACAGGUACUUGAUGAUUUAGAUAUUCCAGAGGAGUUGAGAGACAUGUUCAUCACAAUAGUGAAGGCCACUGUUUAUGGUUUACAUACAUUUGAUGAUUUAAAAUGAUUUUUCAUUAGUGGUGUGAAGAUUUAGAGAAAGAAACUCACAUUCGUAUUGGAAUAAAAGAUAUGAGAGUUGCAGAUGCAGAUCCUGCAUUUGCUUGUAUAGUGUUGAUGAAUCUUUUGUUAAUUUGUAUUUGCUUUUGUUAUUCUAUUUCGUGUGUCGAGAAGCUUCGCGCCACCAGCCCUGGGUGAAAUGAAAGCGAAUCACAAGCUUGGUGAAGCCAUAGACCUUUUGUACUCUCGUGGAUGCGCCUCUUCCGAAUCUUACACACGCCUCCUCCUCGAAUGUGUUCGGUCCCGCGAUGUUGCCCAAGCCAAGAGAUUGGAGUCUCACAUGGAGCUUCACUUAUUCCAUCCCACCAAUACUUUCCUCCAUAAUCGUCUCCUCCAUCUCUACGCCAAGUCCGGUAGACCUGACCAUGCACAAAACUUGUUCGAUAAAAUGCCCAAAAUAGAUGUCAUAUCAUGGAACGCUAUGCUCUCUGCUUUUGCCAAAUCCGGGUCGGUUGAGAGUUUGGAAAAGGCCUUCGAACAAAUGCCUGAUCAUGAUUCGGUUUCUUUUGACACGAUGAUCGCUGGUUCUUCAGGGAAUGAGCGUCCAAGAAAGGCUCUAGAGAUUUUUCUUAGAAUGAGGAGGGAAAAUUUUGAGCCUUCGGAGUACACUUUUGUUAGCCUCUUACGGGCAUCUUCUCAGUUAUUGAAUCUUAGGAUCGGAAAACAAAUACAUGGUAGAGUUGUUGGUGGUAAUUUGGCUGGGAAUGCCUUCAUUUGGAAUGGGUUGACUAAUUUGUACGCUAAGUGUGGCGAAAUCGACAGGGCUCGUUGGUUGUUCGAUCACUUAGUGAAUAAGAACUUGGUUUCUUGGAAUUUGAUGAUAACUGGGUAUUUGAAAAAUGGUGAGCCUAGGAAAUGCGUUGAUUUAUUUAGGGAAAUGCAACUGAAGGGGUUAAAGCCUGACCAAGUUACUGCUUCAACCAUUAUCAGUGCCUACUUUCAAACUGGAUGUAUAGAAGAGGCAAUCAAGACUUUCCAUGGUACCAACCAUAAGGAUAAGAUUUGUUGGACGACAAUGAUAGUAAAUUGUGCACAAAACGGUAGAGAAGAGGAUGCUUUAAUGUCGUUUGGAGAAAUGCUAGCACAAAACAUCACACCUGACAGUUUUACCAUCUCAACUGUGGUUAGUUCCUGCGCCAAAUUAGCAUCUUUGUUCCAUGGCCAAGUUAUUCAUGGGAAAGCAAUUUUGAUGGGAGUUGAUGAGGAUUUGCUUGUUUCUAGUUCACUCGUUCAUAUGUACUGCAAAUGUGGAGUUACUAAUGAUGCUUACUUAGUCUUUGAAACAAUGCCAACUCGAAAUGUGGUUUCUUGGACUGCUCUAAUCGGGGGUUAUGCACAGAAUGGACAAGAUUUGCAAGCUUUGGCCCUCUAUGAAAGAAUGCUGGAAGUAAACAUGAAACCAGAUAACGUUACUUUGGUAGGUGUCUUAUCAGCUUGUGUCCAUGCUAAUUUGGUUGAAAAGGGUCAAGAAUAUUUUGAUUCAAUCAGCAAAAGACAUGGUAUGACUCCCACUUUGGACCAUUACGCCUGUAUAAUCUGUCUCUUGGGUCGUUCAGGUCACUUAGAUAAAGCUUUUGAUCUUGUCAAAAGUAUGCCCCAUGAACCAAACAGUCUAAUAUGGUCUACACUUCUGUCCAUUUGUGCAAUGAGAAAUGACAUUAAAAAUGCAGAGAUGGCAGCUCAACAUCUCUUUAUGUUAGAACCUUUUAAUGCUGGACCUUAUAUUAUUUUGUCUAAUAUGUAUGCCAGCUUGGGAAAAUGGAAAGAUGUCGCUUCCAUUAGAUCCCUAAUGAAGAUUAAGAAUGUGAAGAAGUUCUCAGCUUAUAGUUGGAUCGAAAUCGAUAACACGGUCCACAAAUUCGUAUCUGAAGACCGUUCGCAUCCAGAGACAGAAGAAAUUUAUGAAGAGCUGAAGAAAUUAGUCAAGAAAGUGCAGGAAGGUGGGUUUAUUCCUAAUACAAAUUUUGUGCUGCAUGACAUUGGAGAAAAGGAAAAAAUUGAGUCCAUAUGUUACCAUAGUGAGAAACUUGCUCUUGCAUUCGGAUUGAUCAAGAAACCUCAAUUAUGGGUACCGAUAAGGAUAAUGAAAAAUAUUCGUGUCUGUGGUGACUGCCAUCAGUUUAUGAAGUUUGUAUCGAAGAUUACUGGAAGGUCAAUCGUAUUGAGAGAUUUAAACAGAUUCCAUCAUUUUGAAGGGGGGGCAUGCUCCUGCAAGGACUAUUGGUGAUCAACACUUGUGUUAAUUGAAAAUUUUGCCAAGUUAUACAAACACUACCUCGUUUGUUUUUAGCGGUGGGCCCAAUUUUUAAAUGAAAUAAAUUUUUUAAUCAUUAAAAAAAAACUUAGUAUGAAAAUUGAAAGAAAAAUCAGGCUUUGAAUAUCAUUAUUUGUAAUUAUUUGACAUUA